GUUCGGCUGAUAUGGUUAAGUUUUUUCUUAGUGUGUUUUUGCUGGCAAGUACUUGGAGGCUGUAUUUUUGUGUAGAAAAUACAGGAUAUUCUUGGAUUACGUUCGCUAAAGGGAUUAAACAUAAUUUUAAUGGUUGCUUAAGGGCUUCUCAGAACACUACUUGGGAGUGCUUGAGGGAAGCUUCUUUGCAAAGUUUCGAUGAAGUGAUGUCCAAGGAUGUUAUACCACUCACAAAUGAAAUUCGUUUCGUUCGUUUGCCAUCAGCAAGUACUCAUAGUACUCCUAAAACUCUCUUCAAUAACCGCUUUGAUCUUUGGCUGAUGCGUGGUGUUAGCAGUUGGCAGAAACGUGUCCUAGCGAAAUUUUGCAGAGUCCUUUCAACCCACGUUUUACGCUUCGAUAUGAAGGGAUCCUCUACAGAAUUAGAAGGCAGGGGUCGGCAUCGGAGACGGAAUCAGAUGCUACCGGCUAUGAUGUUUGGUGUAACAGCACUCGGGAUGGUUAUAAUCCCGCUUGGAUUUCAAUUCCUAGCUGUGCUGAGUGGAAAAGCUUUAGUUUUAUCGAAACUUGCAUUGAUUUUGGCAUCGAUUAAUGGAUUGAAAAGGAUAGCGACCAGCGGCCUAAAUUUCGGAUUAUAUCAAGUACCAGCGGACCAAUAUCAUUAUUAUGAUCGUGAUGACGUCAAUCGGCUUCACUAAAAAGGAAAAUUGUUAAUAGGUUAUAUGUUUGUUAGGGUCGACUAAUGUGUUGUUAAUGCAAUUGAUAUGGCUAAUAAAAAAGUGAACACUAAUUUUCGUUGCUUUGACUGCGUUCGUAAAUUAGGAUUUAAUUACUCACGCAGGGAUAAUUGCAUCGAUUUAUGGAAGUA